AUGAUGCAUUUCCACACCACUUGGAUCGGUCUUCUCGCCACUCUUCCCUCCGCCCUUGGCUUCUGGCCGAUCUACUAUACCAAGUCGUCAAGCCCUUACCGCAAUGAUGCGCCUACAGUCCAGGUCGAGACCUUGUUCCAAUUCCCUAACAAUGGCUCGUGGAUCGACAAUCUCGCCUUGCGCUCCGAUGGCAGCAUCCUCCUCACGCGUCUGGAUACACCUGAAGUCUGGUCGAUAGACGCCACCACUGGACACGCAACGCUAGUCCACUCCUUCGCCAACGCGACCAGUUGCUUUGGUAUCAGUGAGAUCGACGAUGAUGUCUUUGCUGUCGUGGUGGGAAAUUUCUCGACCAAGACAUACAAACCCACUCCAGGAUCCUUUACCGUCCAACAGUUGGACUUUAACAAUUUCCAAGCGACUGCCGACGAGCAAGAGACUCAAAAGGCAUCAGUCUCCCACAUCGCUGCUCUUCCAGAGGCCCAAGCUUUGAAUGGUAUGACAUCGUUCACCAAGGAGUCGCACCUAGUCUUGAUCGCAGACAGCCCAAACGGCGUGGCGUGGAAACUCAACACCCAGACCGGUGAAUACUCCAUCGCUCUCAAUGACACCAGCAUGUUACCCGCCGAGGGCCAGCCUCUUCCUCUGGGCGUCAACGGCCUCAAGAUGGUCGACAACUACAUCUACUAUUCCAGCACGACCCGCAUGCAAUUCGGCCGUGUCAAGGUCGACCAGGACGCCACCCCGGUCAGCGACUACCAGAUCAUUGCGAGUGGAUUCUUGCCGGAUAACAUGGAUGUUGCUUCCGACGGCACUGCGUACAUUGCGACUGAUCCGCAGAACUCGGUGGUUCGUAUCACGCCUUUUGGACAGAUCUCCCUUGUGGCGGGUGGCCAGCUUUCGACUCAGAUGCCUGGACCGACGUCGUGCCGGUUGUCGGCGGAUGGCAAGACGUUGUACGUUGGGACCAGUGGGGGUCAAGUUGCUCCUGUGCUGGGCAAGUUUAUGGAGCCUGGUAAAGUGGUGAAGAUUACGUUAGAAUAA